AAUAGAUCACCGGCGUUAUCUCCUUCUCUUCUCGGCGGGUACGAACAACGAACGAAGAGUUUCAUUCAAUUCACACUCCCUCGCUUGCUCUUUCUUGUCAAUGGUGUCUUCUAUCACUCCUCUCCCUUCAGCUACUCUGCUCACUAACCGGGCGAAUCAGUUAUCUUCUCAGUCCGGUCUUCCCCCGAGAGAUUCCACGUGGCAGUGUGUUUGUUUCCGUGAUCAGAAACGCUACAUCAUUCCCGCCCGCCAUUUCUUAUCAACUUCCUCCUCCUCAGAAACUGCUUCCAUGAAGCUUAAGAAGAUACAUGCUACUUCCGGUGUUUCUCAAGUUCAAAGGUCUACUCAUACCAAUGGGAUGAAAGAGUUUGAGAUGGAGCUACAAGAGCUGUUCAAUGAAGUCAAAGCUAUGGUUAAAAUUGGGAAAGAAAGAGACGCAAUGGACCUUCUUCGAGCUAAUUACGUUGCUGUGAAAGAAGAGAUCGAUUCGGGUUUGAAAGGUAUCCAACAAGCUGCUCUUCUCGACAUCAUUGCCUUGGGGUAUAUGGCUUUGGGAGACUUUAAACCUGUUCCGGCCUUGCUUGACAUGAUAAGCAAGAUUGUUGAUAAGUUGAUGGACUCGGAACCUCUUUUGGAUUCAGUGCUUAUGCAUGUCGGCAGUAUGUAUUCAUCACUUGGGAUGUUUGAAAACGCUCUACUCGCGCAUCAAAGGGCUGUUAGUAUACUAGAGAACACGUACGGUGAUGAUAACACUCUACUCGUCACACCAUUACUUGGUUUGGCAAAGAGUUACGGUUCAUACGGAAAAUCAAAUAAAGCUAUUGGCGUUUACGAGCGUACAGUGACUAUCUUGGAACGGGAAAGAGGCUCUGAAAGCGAGGAUCUAGUGGUGCCUUUGUUUUCACUCGGUAAACUUUUGCUCAAAGAAGGUAAAGCUGAUGAAGCAGAGGCUCCGUUUACCAGGAUUUUAAAUAUAUACAAGAAGAUGUACGGAGAGAAAGAUGGAAGAGUUGGUAUGGCCAUGUGUUCCCUUGCUAAUGCAAAAUGCACUAAAGGUGAUGCUGAUGAAGCGGUAGAUCUCUACAAGAAGGCUCUACAGAUUAUCAAAGAGUCAAAUUAUAUGGACAUAGACAAUACUGUCUUAGAAAACAUGAGGAUAGAUCUUGCUGAGCUGCUUCAUUUUGUUGGAAGGGGAAACGAAGGACGAGAGCUGCUAGAAGAAUGCUUAUUAAUAAACGAGAAGUACAGAGGGAAAAACAAUCCAAGCAUGGCUACACAUCUUAUGAACCUUGCAGCAUCUUAUUCACGCUCCAAGAACUAUGUGGAGGCCGAGAGAUUGCUGAGAACUUGUUUGGACAUCAUGGAGAAAUCAGUUGGUUCGGAGGAUCAGUCCAUAAGCUUCCCAAUGCUGAGUCUUGCAGUCACUCUUUCUCAGCUGAACCGCUAUGAGGAAGCCAAGCAAGUAGCGUUAAAGGUUCUACGGAUACGUGAGAAGGCAUUUGGCGAAGAGUCUCUCCCUGUUGGUGAGGCGCUGGACUGUUUGGUGUCGAUCCAGGUGAGAUUAGGAAGAGACGAUGGGGAAGUGCUCGUUUUGCUGAAAAGGGUGCUGAUGAUACAAGAGAAAGAGUUUGGUCCAUCAGCUGAAGAGCUCAUUGUUACUCUCCAGAAGAUAGUGCAUAUGUUGGAUAAAUUGAAGAUGAAAGAUGAGAAAUUUAAGUUUAGGAGAAGGCUAGCUUUGCUUAGAGAGAGAUACAAGCAGAGUCUAAGCGUCUAGAACACGUUUUCUUACUUUCUUUUUUAAAUCUCUUAUUAUCUUAUAUCAAACCAACUGAAGGAAACGAAGGGAUUCGUUCUAGUUUGUGUUCGGUGAGCGCGAACCAGAGAGGUGGUGGUUUAGUAGGUCUGUUCCGACGAAGCUGUAUACAGAGGUAGAUGCAGUGCUUAGGGCUCGUUUGGCGUCGAGGUCAGGUGAAGAGAGGAGUGAUUGGAAAGUCCUGGAGACGAGAGAUGGGUAUUGGAAUAUAUCAUUUUGAAAUUUAUCUGGUUCGUUCUCCCAACCGGAUAGGAUGAAAGCCCGGUUAACAUGUGACGGAAAUAAACCAAAUUAAUUUUGGUAUAGUAAGCGACGUCGUGGUUCAAUUUGAAAUCUGUCAUUCAAAAUCGAAUCAUACAAAAUCCUGAUUUUUUUUUUUUUUCCAUCUGUUUUUUGAUUAAUGAAACUUGAAGAAACAUACUAGAGUGACAGAGAGAGAGAAAGUAGAGAGAAGUAGAGAGAGAAAGUAGAUCUUGGGUUUGGUUCCGGUGAACGGACGGCGCGUGAGCGCGUUCCGUCGCCGGAGUCCGUUGGCUUCGUGUAUAAAUCAUCCGUUCUUGGUUUCUUCCCCGUCUCUUCCGGUGGUCGCUUUGUUUAAGCUCUGGUCAGGUACCUCCGGUGGAGGUUCCGUGGAGUGAAGACGCGGUUGUCUGGAAAUCAUGGCGCGGUGAAGAGACUCAUCGUGUGUAGCUUGCGAUUCCGGGAGGCUGAGGCUUACACAGCUCUGUCGCCGCCGGUUAUUGUCCCCGCGAGGUGGAAGCUUCUUCAGCUUCACCGUCGUCGGUCUUGCCGCUGGGAGGUGAGGGCUUCCACAGCCUGCGUCGCCGGCUUUAGUUUAUCCUUUUGUUGUUUUUUUUAGGGUUUGCGAUCCGGUUUUGGAUCGGGUUUUACGCUUUUGUGGUUUGAGUGGUGAUGUGCUGGCUAUGUCGGAGGAGAUAUCCAAGAGAGAUAAAGCUCUCCGACGAGAAGCCGAGUUGGGAGACGUGAGAUGGUUUCGCCGGAGGCGGUUCGGUUCUGAGCUCCGGUGUAAUGAAGUGGCGGUGGUGUAGUUCCGGUGACGUUUCGCGGCGGAGAUGGUCAAGUCGAGGCGGUAGCGACGCGUGGCGUACUGAUGGUCUAGAUGCUCACACGUGUCCAGCUGCCAGACUCCUUGAUGCGUCAUUUGGCUGACGACGUGCACGGUUCUAUAGUGGGACCUGUUGGCCCGUUUCAAGUAUUGGGUAUAGGGUGUAGUUUGUUGGGCCUCUAACCUUUUACGUUUAUAUGUGGGCCGUUGGCCGUGUAUUCUGGGCUUGGCCCGUUUUUUUAUUAAUAUAAAAAAUCUUGACGGAAAAAAAAAACUUGAAGAAACAUACAAACGUGAAAUCCUAGAACCCACAUCAGGGUGACAAGAACCCAAACAACAGGUGACUUAAACCCAAACAAAGGGUGACACUUGAAACACAACAAUCACAAGAGGACUCUAGACCAUUAUAACUAAAGCUAAAAGACAAUCCUUGAAAAGAGAUAACAAUAUCAAUCUUUCUACGUUUUGAGUAGCCGGAACCUUUGACAAAGACAAAGCGAUGCAGUUGCAGUGACCAUAACAACAAAACCAAACUAAGCAUACCUGAACUUUCUGUUCACGGUACCAAGCCAGAACCAAAAGCAAUAACAUCAGGAACCAAACAGAGAAGGACAACAACCGUGACCAAGCUUCCUUCUGAAGCAAACCUUCAUCAGAAAUCUAAAAGCCCUCAACCUCUUUAUAAUAACUCAACCAGACAAAGCCAUCGAGGAACACGAGAGCAAAAGAUAGACAAGAUAAAACACCUAUUCAAAGGCUGCGAAAAUGACUCUCUCCUAGAGCGGGACAAUCACCCUGACACUUCUCAAAGAUGUUAGACAUGUUCUGCUUUCUACACACUGCUACACCAUCAUUCCACACCACUUACACCGAAACUAGAACAAAGGCAAAGUAAGAUAAACACUGAAAUCCAAACAAAGAUGCCUCAGUUUCAGAUUUUCUGAAACAAUAAACACAUCUGACCCGAAAUAGAGAUCUCAAAAAAUGGAGUGAGUUGAUGGAUUUGGCCAACAAACAACAAGAUCUUCAACGGGAGCUAAGUUAAAAACAGAGAAGAAGACGCUCGCAGGUUCAGGUGAACCGCUCCGUACCUCUACCGGAUCUGGCAUCUUCUUCGUCUUAAACAAGUAAAUCUGUUAGCUCUGACCGGAGAUCUUAUCUGGGAGACCUCUUCCACCGCACCCAACAAACCACUCAGACGAAAUCUUUACCAAACACGAAAAAAAAACACCACCAAAAGGAAGCUAAAGGAGGGAUUAAGA